AUGCCGCCCAAAGCCCCGCGGAGAGCCGCGGCCGCCGUAGCCCUGGAGCCCCCGCCGCCGCCCCCGGAGCAGGACCCCGAGCCGGACAGCGGCGCCGAGGACCUGCCUCUGGCCCGGCUUGAGUUUGAAGAAACUGAAGAACCUGAAUUUACUGCAUUAUGCCAGAAAUUAAAGAUACCAGAUCAUGUCAGAGAAAGAGCUUGGUUAACUUGGGAGAAAGUUUCAUCUGUGGAUGGAGUAUUGGAAGGUUAUAUUGAAAAGAAGAAGGAACUCUGGGGAACCUGUAUCUUCAUUGCAGCAGUUGAUCUAGAUGAAAUGCCAUUCACUUUUACAGAGCUGCAGAAAAGCAUAGAAACCAGUAUAUAUAAAUUCUUUGAUUUACUAAAAGAAAUUGACACCAGUACCAAAGUUGAUAAUGCUAUGUCCAGACUGUUGAAGAAGUAUGAUGUGUUGUGUGCGCUGUACAGCAAAUUAGAACGGACAUGUGAACUUAUAUAUUUGACACAAUCCAACAGUGUGACAUCUACUGAAAUAAAUUCUAUGUUGGUGCUAAAAAUUUCUUGGAUCACAUUUUUAUUAGCUAAAGGAGAAGUAUUACAAAUGGAAGAUGAUCUGGUGAUCUCAUUUCAGUUAAUGCUCUGUGUGCUUGACUAUUUUAUCAAGGUCUCACCUCCCGCACUACUCAGAGAACCCUAUAAAACAGCUGUAAUACCCAUUAAUGGUUCACCUCGAACACCAAGGCGGGGUCAGAACAGGAGUGCUCGCAUAGCAAAACAACUAGAAAAUGAUACCAGAAUUAUUGAAGUUCUCUGUAAAGAACAUGAAUGUAAUAUAGAUGAGGUGAAAAAUGUUUAUUUCAAAAAUUUUAUACCUUUUAUGAAUUCUCUUGGAAUUGUAACUUCUAAUGGACUUCCAGAGGUUGAAAGUCUCUCUAAACGAUAUGAAGAAAUUUAUCUUAAAAACAAAGAUAUAGAUGCAAGAUUAUUUUUGGAUCAUGAUAAAACACUUCAUAUUGAUCCUACAGACAGUUUUGAAGCAAAGAGAACACCACAAAAAAGCAACUCUGAUGAAGAGGCAAAUGUGAUUCCUCCACAUACUCCAGUUAGGACUGUUAUGAAUACCAUCCAACAAUUAAUGAUGAUUUUAAAUUCAGCAAGUGAUCAACCUUCAGAAAAUCUGAUUUCUUAUUUCAAUAACUGCACAGUGAAUCCAGAAGGAAAUAUACUAAAAAGAGUUAAAGAUGUUGGAUACAUCUUUAAAGAGAACUUUGCAAAAGCUGUGGGGCAAGGAUGUGCUGAAAUUGGAACACAGCGAUACAAACUUGGAGUUCGAUUGUAUUACCGAGUGAUGGAAUCCAUGCUUAAAUCGGAAGAAGAGCGAUUAUCCAUUCAAAAUUUUAGCAAACUCCUGAAUGACAACAUCUUUCAUAUGUCUUUAUUGGCAUGUGCUCUUGAAGUUGUAAUGGCUACAUAUAGCAGAAGUAUGUCUCAGAAUCUGGAUUCCAGAACAGAUUUGUCCUUCCCGUGGAUUCUGAAUGUACUUCAGUUAAAAGCCUUUGAUUUUUACAAAGUGAUUGAAAGUUUUAUCAAAGCAGAAGCUAAUUUGACAAGAGAAAUGAUAAAACAUUUAGAACGAUGUGAACACCGAAUCAUGGAAUCCCUUGCAUGGCUGUCAGAUUCACCUUUAUUUGAUCUUAUUAAGCAAUCAAAGGAUGGAGAAGGACUAGUUGAUCACCUUGAAUCUACAUGUCCUCUCAACUUACCUUUGCAGAAUAAUCACACUGCUGCAGAUAUGUAUCUUUCUCCUAUAAGAUCCCCAAAGAAAAAAGGUUCAACUACACUUGUAAAUUCUGCAGAGACACAAGCAACCUCAGCCUUCCAAAGUCAGAAGCCACUGAAAUCUACCUCCCUUUCACUCUUUUAUAAAAAAGUGUACCGACUAGCGUAUCUCCGACUCAAUACACUGUGUGCACGCCUUCUGUCUGACCACCCGGAAUUAGAGCACAUCAUCUGGACCCUGUUCCAGCACACACUGCAAAAUGAGUAUGAGCUCAUGAGGGACCGGCAUCUGGACCAGAUUAUGAUGUGUUCUAUGUAUGGCAUAUGCAAAGUGAAGAAUAUAGAUCUUAAAUUCAAAAUCAUUGUGACAGCAUACAAAGAUCUUCCUCAUGCUGUUCAGGAGACAUUCAAACGUGUUUUGAUUAGAGAGGAGGAGUAUGAUUCCAUCAUAGUAUUCUAUAACUCAGUUUUCAUGCAGAGACUGAAAACAAAUAUUUUACAGUAUGCUUCCACCAGGCCUCCUACCUUGUCACCAAUACCUCACAUUCCUCGAAGCCCUUACAAGUUUUCCAGUUCACCCUUACGGAUUCCUGGGGGUAACAUCUAUAUAUCACCUCUGAAGAGCCCUUACAAACUUUCAGAAGGUCUGCCAACACCAACAAAAAUGACUCCAAGAUCAAGAAUCUUAGUCUCAAUUGGUGAAUCAUUUGGGACAUCUGAGAAGUUUCAGAAAAUAAACCAGAUGGUAUGUAAUAGUGACCGAGUGCUCAAGAGAAGUGCUGAUGGGAGCAUCCCUCCUAAACCACUGAAAAAACUACGUUUUGACAUCGAGGGAGCUGAUGAAGCUGAUGGAAGUAAACAUCUCCCAGGGGAGUCAAAAUUUCAACUGAAAUUGGCAGAAAUGACAUCUACUCGAACACGAAUGCAAAAGCAGAAGAUGAAUGACAGCCUGGACACCUCACACAAAGAGGAACAGUGAAGGUCUCAGGAUGCUGAUGGACAGGGACACUGUCUCACCAAUGUAACUAGUUCUCCCAGGUUCUGCCUAUGGCUACAUUGAACAUCUCCAGCUCAUUCAGUAGAUGUGAAAUGUGCAAAUACAGGCUGAGAAUUUGUGAGAGUGAUUCCUAAGCCAGUUUUGAUAUUGCAGUUAAUGGUAUAGAUAUCGUUCUUAUAGAAGAUUGAAAAUCUUGUGUAAAUCAUGCCAUUUAAAACAUUAUAGCAGAUUGUUUGUAUUUCCAAAGUCUAUUUGCUCUGCCUCAUGACCAAUGAGGCCGCUUCUGCUGUGGACCUGAUAACCCACAACUUCUGACUACUUUGCCCUCCGUUGUAGAAUAUGUGUGAUGUUUGCUCUUGUUUUUUAUUAAUUUAAUUUAUAUUUUUUAAUUUAACAUGAAUACCCUUAGAAAAUGUGUCCUGUCUUCCAUAUGCAAUUAGAAUUGACUGUCCAUUCACUCAAAUUACCCUAAACUCUUGUAAAACUGAUUAUUGUAACAAACUUGGAAAACAUGACUGAUUUUACAUAUUAGAUUUGUUUUUAUACUGUUCUACUACUGAAACAGAUUUCAUACCUCAAAACAUGUAAUAACUUACUCAACUCAUGCUUUCAAAGAGCACUGAGUACUCCAGGUUGUUGUUUUAACUAUUGGAAUCACUGAAUUGAGGAGUACCAUUUAGUACUUGAAAAGGCAGUCUGACCACAGCUUGGCUGCCCAGGAACCUAACAGUGUGUAACCUAAGUGCACUUUCUAACUUUCUGGGUCCUGAAGAAUCAAGAUACAAAGUAAUCGUACUCAUAAGCAGACUGUUAUAUAUAGCAGCCUUACAUGAUUUUUUUCUUAGGUAUUUGUCUAGUUGCAUCUCAACAAUUAUUCUACCUUCCUCCCUUUGGGGAGAUGUGUGUUUUCUCUAGAAUAGUACAUGUCUUCCAAGUAUCUUUUGAACUGGCAGUUUCUUCAUUUUUUAAAGUCAAUGUGGUCUAACACUGGCCCUUCCAAAGCCACAUUAUUUCUAGUCUGACAUUGCAAGUAAUCAGAAGUGUUUCUAAGCUAGGCAUUAAUGUUUUUAUCUGAUUUUGUGCAACAGCUUCAGAUUAAAAAUAGGUGCAUUAAAAAAAGAGGCACUCUGUCACGUCCUCCACUUAGAGGUGUAUUUAAGCUAUCUUGUGUAAUUAACUUAUUUAGAGAUGUUAUAAUUUAAAAUAGGCGGUAUUUAAGGUAGCAUCAGCUAGCAUUUAGGAAACCACUUUGUCUAAACUCAGUUUUUGUUUUUUGUUUUUAAGAAACCUGGCCUUGUUAGAAAUAGUUUUAUUUUGGUCUCACCUGAGUUUCAGACUUACUAUUUUGACAGUUAGAAAAACAACAGAGCUUUACUCCAAUCCACUAAGUUUUGUAUGACCACCACACAGAUUAGUUGGGUUUUAGGUCAAGGUUUUACUAAUACUUCUGGGUCUUUAAUAAGCUCAAGGAGAAGUAGUGACACAACUUUAGGAAUUUCAAAGAAUCCAUGUUAAGAUUUCUUAAGGCUUCAGAUAUUGUGCUAUUGCUUUUUUUGUACUUGUUAAAACUAUGCCUUCAAAAAUGCAGUGUUACUAUUUUCUAUAACUGAUAGUUUGUCUAUUUUAAAAUAAAUUAGUUGUUAAGAGCA